UACCAACGUCCUUGUUUUAUCAAGCGCACACUGACUGACUUCACGCCAGGGCUUGGGGGGGAUAUCUGAGAUUUACGUUUACUCCGGUUAAAGCUGUAUUUCUCAAAUAUGUUGGCAGCAAGGCUUCUUCGUCGUUCCCUGCCCAUGCUGAGACAAUCUCGAUGCUACGCAGAGGCUGUCUCCGGCGCGCCUCAGAUGUCCUUCACUUUCGCCUCUCCUACACAGGUGUACUUCAAUGCGGCCAGUGUGAAGCAGGUUGAUGUGCCCACACUGACUGGUGCGUUCGGUAUUCUCCCUUCUCAUGUGCCCACGCUGCAGGUUCUCAGGCCUGGGGUUGUCACAGUCUUCAAUGAUGAUGGCUCCUCAGUAAAAUACUUCGUUAGCAGUGGGUCUGUGACCGUCAAUUCUGAUUCUUCAGUGCAGCUAUUGGCUGAGGAGGCAGUUCCACUGGACCAGCUGGACAUUGCUGCUGCCAAGGCUAACCUGGAGAAGGCCCAGUCGGAAUUAGCCAGUGCGUCAGAUGAGGCGUUGAGGGCAGAGGUUCAGAUCAGCAUAGACGCCAACGAGGCCAUCGUCAAGGCUCUGGAGUAAGCCUGGGGUAACCGUUCGUGUUGAAGGAACUGAAAAUGCUCCAUCGCUGUCUGUUUCCCAGCUCAGUCAGUCAGUAACCGCAAGCGUUUGCUUUGUACAGUGGAUGAAAUUACCAAUAAAUGUAUUUGGAAUUAUCUGG